AUGCCACGGAAGAAGCUUGCCUCUGCAUCUGCGGAGACAGGAUCCACGUACAAUUCUGUAUGUGCCGCCCGUAGCACUGGCGAUUUCAACCAGAAAAAGCGUCUUAGAAGGAAGUUGCGUCGUCAGCUGCAACAAGACCGCGAUAACGAGUGGACGUCGAGAGCGAAGGAGUUUGAAAAGGCGUGGGAGGACAAGAACCCGCGGAAAGUCUAUGCUUUAUGA